CGUGUAACGGAAUGUCCAACCUUGCAAAAGAGAUUCAAUUGAACAAAGCUUCCUUCCUUGGAGUUCAAAGCCAUCACAGCGAGCACAUUCAUGCGAGCGCAUCACGUUGUUCAUAUUGAAGUCAGACGCGUUUCAUUGGCCGGAAGACAGAGCUCUGGACGGGAGGGGCUUGGAUCCGGAUCGCAUAGUAAUAUCUCAUUCAUAAAUUACACAGGACGCUAGAGUAGAGCACUAUUGUCUGCUGAGGGAAACCGGCCACAAUGCACUCAAUAAGAAAUGUCUUCUGUGGUCAGUGGAGCUCUUCUGUACGUCUUGAUGACAAAACAGUCAUAAUCACAGGAGCUAAUACAGGCAUUGGCAAAGAGACAGCGAGAGACCUUGCAAAAAGAGGGGCUCGAGUCAUUAUGGCCUGUCGAGAUCUGGAAAAAGCAGAAGCAGCCAGAAAAGAAUUAAUAGAGGAUUCUGGAAACCAAAACAUUGUGGCGAACAAACUUGAUUUAUCAGAUACCAAAUCCAUCAGAGCUUUUGCAGAACUCUUAAACAAGGAGGAAAAGCAAGUCAACAUCCUUAUCAACAAUGCUGGAAUCAUGAUGUGCCCAUAUUCAAAAACUGCAGAUGGCUUUGAGAUGCAGUUUGGUGUUAACCAUUUAGGUCAUUUUCUGCUCACCUACCUUCUGCUUGACCUCUUAAAGAAAUCAGCCCCCUCCAGGAUCAUCAACGUGGCUUCUGUGGCCCAUACGUGGGGCAGCAUCCAUCUGGAUGACAUAAACAGUGAGAAGGGUUACUCUCCACGGAGGGCUUACGGCCAGAGCAAACUAGCUAACAUCCUCUGCACACGCUCCUUGGCUAAAAGACUGCAGGGCAGUGGUGUGACUGUGUACUCCCUCCAUCCUGGUGUGGUGCAGUCAGAGCUGUUUAGGAACCUCAGCAAGCCUGUGCAGAUAGCAUUCAAGGUCUUCAGCCCUUUCACCAAGACCACUAUUCAGGGGGCCCAGACCACCAUCUACUGCGCUGUGGAGCCCAAGCUGGACAAUGAGAGUGGAGGAUAUUACAGCGACUGUGCUCCAGCACAGUGUUCAAGCGAAGCUUUAGAUGAUGAAAUGGCUCAGAAACUCUGGGAGCUCAGCUGUCAGAUGCUUGGCAUUACUUGGGACUGAUGGAGCAAUCCUCUCAGUGACACUGUUAUAAAAGCAGAAUAAAAGCUUUCGGACUAAUGUCAUAGAUAAUGGAAACUGUAGUGUUCAUACAAUGCCUGAAUGAAUGCACUAUGUUUUAUAUUGUACAUUGAAUACUCUUUUUAAUAUUCUUAUCCUUGGCUAUUCUGUUAUAAUUUCAGUAGACAUAAGAACUGCUAUGAAUUCAAAUGUAUUUUAGUCUAUUAAAUCUUUUAUCUUUUAUUUGCAUUUGUUUCUUUUUGCCGAUGAGCUGCUGUAAUAUUCACAGUUAAUGAACUAAGCAGAACUGCUAAUCUGAAGCUUAUUUUCACAGGAUGUUUGCCUUCAUGCUAGCAUAUAAAAGUAUGGAGCCCCCAAGGAGACAUGGUGAUGAAAAAAACAAGUAGAUGUAAGGAAAAAAUGUAUUUUAAUGC